AUGUCAUCCGCUGGUAUUCCGAUAACCACGGCUAUCGAAUACAGCGAUCGUGUUCACGAAGUUCCGAACGACGCGUCUUCCUCCAAAUCCAAGAAAGAUUCCAGCUAUGUCUACAAGAUCUCAGAAAUCACCGGAAUCGUCUCAGCGACGCGUGAAGCGUUCAUCCAGGAUAUCGAUUCAGAGGGGUUCGUUCCAGAAAACUCGGAAUUCAAGCUCCCGAGUAGGAGGUCCUUGUUCAUCAUCAUCGGAGGGAAUGCUCUUUUUCAGCUGUCUUUCUUCGUGAUCGUGUCGUCUGCCAGCUUAUAUGCAGAGAUGUUGGGAGGAUCAGCAACUUUCUCGGGACUCACAAUUGGUAUCCCAACCGUUUGUUCUGCCGUUGCGCUGAUUUUCAUAACGAGAAUAGACGGAGGUCAAUACAGCAUGCCCAUGAACCUCUCCUACGUCGCCGUGCUCCUCGGCAACAUCCUAUACGCCCUCGCCUACCGAACCCACUUCCUUUACCUCAUCCUAAUCGGCCGAAUGGUCUCGGGUCUCGGCUUCGUCUGCUUCCUCUACUCCAAGAGGUACUGCUCCGACCCACGGAUUGUAGGCAUCCGGCGACGCACGACGCUCGCAAGCUGGCUCGUCGUUGGACAAGGUUUCGGGUUCACAGCUGGCCCGUUCCUCGGUGGAGUACUGUACAAGAUCGGCUUCCCUAACCCAAUCUUCAACGGCGUGACGAGCCCUGGAUGGAUCAUGGCCCUCGUCUGGGUCAUGUUCUGGGGGCUGCACAAUUUAAUCUUCAAGGAUGUUGACCCGCGCUCUGAUGAAAGACCUAUCGAGAUGAGCGCAGAGCACGAGACGGCCCCGCGCCAGCCACCCCAGAUUAGCCGGGCGCAAUGGGGUGUCAUCGUGUGCAUGUGCUAUUACUCGAUGAUGUGCUUCUUCAUCCUUGGGAGCUGGGAAGCUAACAUCCCGGUCUUCACUGCGGAGACAAUGGGCUACUCGCCAUACAAAGCAGGAAACUUCAUUGCCCUUGGUGGGCUCUGCUCCUUCCCCUUCCUCCUCCUCAAUGUCUGGCAGGCGCGGCGGAUCCAAGACCGUGUCAUCCUCGCCGCAGGCGCUUCCAUGGGAUUUCUAGGCCUACUCCUCAUGCUCCUUUUACUCGCUACAUCGAAGGUUACCUUCGGGUCGCUCUUCGUGUGCUGGUUGCUCAUCGCCUUGGGGUUCAACCUCGCUAGCACGUGUACGUUGAGCUUGGCCUCCAAGCAGCUUCCGGACGAGUGGAAUGGGAGGUUGAAUAUGGCUCUUGAAUAUAGCAACUGCGUGGCGCGAGUGACGGGUGCCGUCCUAGGAGGGGCUGGUGUGACGAUGGGGAUGAUGAACUACGUGGGGGUGCAGAUUGCGGUUGUUGGCCUAGGAGGGGUGAUGUACCUGACAUUGUGGAAGCAACUCAAGGCGAAGACCGGAUGA